AUUUUUCAAAUGUUCAAACUUGCCGCUAAAAAAUUUUAUUCCCAACUUACUUUAUAAUCAAAAGAACUCAAAUAUAUCGAUGAAAAAUGGGAUGCUGUCAAUCGAAGAAAGCUAGAAAUAAUCAACGGAACAACCAACGCUCGGACCAAAUGAAUCGUCAGCACACUCAACCAUCUCCAAACGCCUCGACAGAGCAAAUGGCAUACCCUCGACAGCAGCCUCAAGGGAUCCCACAGGGACCUCCACCGGCCUACGCACCUCCAGCAGCACCGAAAGCUCCUGAGAAAGUCGUGGAGCCCAAAAAUAGGAGAGUAACGAUUGCAGAACCACCGGAGAGAGUUGCGGAGCCAUCACCAACGCCUGAAGAUCCAGAGCUUUUUACUUGCAUCGACCAAACGGAGAAAGAGGUUGAAAAGGAAGUGGAGAAGAGAAAGUCUGCUCCGCGAGCCCCAGUCCCGGCACCUACACCAGCUCCUCAGGCAGCUCCCCAGGCAACUCCGGCUGCACCUGCUCAAGCUUACCCUCAACAACAACAAGCUGCUCCCGUGGUCUAUGGAUCCCAACCAAUGGUCAUGGGUGCUGCUCCGGUGGCUCCAGUUGUCAUGGCUCCGCCGCCAGUGAUCAUGAGCCCUUAUCCAUAUUAUGGAGGUGGUGUUAUGUUCGACCCAUAUUAUAAUGGAUUUUAUGGAGGAUAUGGAUACGGAGGUUUUGAUUUCGGGUAUGGAGGAUAUGGUGGUUAUGGAUGCGGAUUCUAUUGACUUUUUUGAACUCUUUUGUGUUUUUUUGGAAUAAAUUUUUUAAUUGAACA